UAGACGAAACACGCGUCUGGUGUACAAAUUUAUAAACCUAAUAUCAUUUAUGAGAUUUUAGUUAUACUGUGACAUGUUUACAGGAAUAACACAAGGUUAAAAUAUUUGGGUGAAAUUUUAUCAUGUUCCUUGGGCAUUCGCUUCUGAACAGUGUUACAAUAAUAAAUGUCCUGCAAAAUGUGUUGCCGCCCGGACCGAAAGACCCACCUGGCGUGUUUAACAGAUCAUUACGACGGUACUACGAUUAUAUUAUAGUUGGCGGUGGUUCUGCAGGGUCUGUGCUUGCUGCACGUCUGACAGAGGACAAAACAUCUGUCUUGCUUUUAGAAGCUGGUGGAUCUGAUUUGGAAAACGAAGCCACUGUUAUACCAGGGGCAUCGGGAAAUCUAUUAAGGACUAAGCAAGACUGGAAUUUUCAUAGCGUUCCACAGAAAUAUUCAUCUUUUGCUAUGGAGAACAAGCAAAUAUAUUUGGCUAGUGGUAAGAUGUUAGGAGGAUGCGGGAGUAUGAAUAGUAUGGUUGUGAUCAGAGGUAGUCGCCAUGAUUAUGAUGAGUGGGCAAAACAAGGAUGUAAGGGUUGGAGCUACAAGGAAGUUUUACCCUACUUCAAAAAGAUGGAAACAAUGAAAAUACCGGCACUAUCGGGUUCACCUUAUAGAGGCACAAAAGGAAAAAUAGUUGUGACACCUAAGUCUAGCACAACUUUAGAAUUUUUCAAUCGGAAAGCUGCUUCGGAAAUUGGUUACCGUUCUGUUGAUUGCAAUGGAUACAGCCAAAUAGGAUACUGUCCAAAUCAGGCAAAUAUAAAAAACGGUGAACGUUGUAGUUCAACUACAUGCUACCUUAGACCUGUUAUGUACCGACGUAAUUUACAAAUCAGUUUAAACAGCUAUGUUACAAAGGUACUUAUUCGUGGAAAACGCGCUAUUGGGGUACAAUUUGUGAAGGGAGGGCGAAUAUAUAACGUUUAUGCUCGUAAAGAAGUCAUCAUGUCUGCAGGAGCAUUCGGUUCACCACAUAUAUUACUUCUGUCUGGUGUUGGGCCAAAAAUGCAUCUUCGAAAGUUCAAGAUUCCAGUGCAUGCUGAUCUGCCCGUUGGAAACAACUUACAAAAUCACCCCAUCCUUGUAAUGCCUUAUUCAAUCAAUACGACGCUGAAUAUCAACGUGAAAAAAUUGACGGAUCCUGAGACUGUUUUAGACUAUAUACUUCACAGGAAAGGUAUAUAUUAA